AUGGCUGGUCAUCGCCAAAGCCCAAAGGCCGAUGCGAAGCAGGCAUUAAAAAUUACGCUAUCACCCUGCCCUUGCCCCAGCGCCAGGAUGCCCAACUACGAGCCUCUUGAAAAAAAGCUUGCUGAAUUGCAGUCAAUGCAAUAUUCUAUUUACCAAAAGAUGCAAACCUUGGCAGAGAAUUCAAAUAGACUCCAAAAUUUAGCCAAUAAGCAUGCUUUGAUGUAUGAAAUCCCGUUUAUUAAACCUAGUUUCCUUGCCAACCAGGAGGCAACAGCGGAGCCAGAGGAGCGGCCUCCGCAUUCAGAGCUAGCGCGCGCUGAUAAAUGA